AUGUUUUCAUGGUUCUUCAGGAAGGAAAGUCCAUUGGACCUUCACACCAAAUUUUUGUCGAGCACGUCAUGGGUGGCGGAGUUAAACGAGCCGAUCAACAAAGAAUUCAUUUACACGCUGUUCUACACGACUUUUGAGUUUGAGCACUUCCAAUUGAGUAAGACCAACACCUCGAUUGUCGCCGUAUUGCCCGCGUUCAUGUUCUUUGCGAAAUUGACGUUUGGGAAGACUAAAGAGUGUGAUGUUGUUGUUAUAACGUUUUCGGAGACGGAAGAGAAUGACGCGGUGUCGACGGUGAUUCGCGUCUUUGGUGAAGAAUUGGAGAGAUAUGGACUACUCAAAGAUAUGCAACAAAAGCUUCCAAAAACAAUCCAACAAAAGGACUUCAUCACAUUUCAUCAAUUCGCUUAUGAAAACGACGUCGAGUUGUCAGAGACCGAUUUCAGAUGUUCCGUAAUACUCAGAUCAACACUUCCACCAGCAAAAAUCGUCGAAGUCGUGACUCAGAUCUUGAAUAAGAAAACUUUCACAUCCGCUAAAGACCAACAAACUUUAGUCUUCACUAAAGAAAACGACAAGAUGACACUCGCCGUCGGAAAAAAUGAAGAAGGACAGACGGUGAUGAACAUGCAAUGGUCGGCCGAAUCACCAAAUUGGUUGACCAUUUCAGAACUCAUUUGUAACGCUUUCACGGAGUUCGGCUUUCUCCUUUCGUUCGAAAAAGUCGGGAUUAAAGGAAAUACAAAGGCAUAA